GUCUCCUUAGGAACUUGGUUUAAUUGUGCACUGUUGAGAGGAUUGCUAAAACAUUGUUUAAGACACUGGCUUGUGCCUGCAUUUACAAAAAAGGAAGACAUGAGAAAUAAUCUUGUUAGUGUUGAAGAGGUGGUGUGGAUGACACCGGUUUGGUCGCAGCAGGUCACAAAACUGGUGUCUUUUUCUGCAAAACAACAAACAAGUCAUUGUCUUUGUAAUGUACUGGCACCUGGUCCACUGUGUGUAUUAAUAAUGUGAAGAGGAAGGAAGUCUAGUGGGUUUUAACACUAUCUGCUUUCUGUCUCCUGCUUACUCUCAUACCCAGAGAGGAACGUUGCAGUUCAAGAGAACUUCCUUAUAUAUUGAAAGUAGAAUGCUUCAAUGUGACUAAUCUAUAUCUUGUGUACAUUUGUCUUUUGUCCCUCACUGAAGCCACACGAUGAGAGGAGCAGCUAUGAGUUCAACAGCAGCAGCGAGGGGUUUUGUUGUCUUCCUUCUCUCUGUGCCAGUAAUGCAGGGUCAGAACUGGAGAGUGACUUACAAUCUUACUGAGAUCUGUGCCUUAAAGGGAUCAACAGUGGAAAUAAGCUGCACCUACAGAUACCCAUCCAGAAUAAAUGGCCGUGAAACUACAGUGGAAAAAACAAUUUGGUUUACUCAAGUAAGUGAUAGUGAGCCUGUGGAUCUGAGAACAGACUCAGAGUAUUCAGGCCGUGUGCAGUCUCACUGCGGUAAGAACAGUUGCACUCUGAGAAUCUCAGACCUGAGAGAGAGAGACUCAGCUGAGUACAAGUUCAUGUUCACAACAAACCUACCAGAUGGGAGUGUUGCUGGUGAACCUGGAGUCACUUUGUCUGUCACAGAUCCAGAUCUACGGGUUCAGGUGAAACCAAUAGUCCACCAGGGUUAUACCAAGGCAGAGCUGAAGUGUCACAGCCCUUGUCGUCUCCCUGACCAUCCUUCCUACAUCUGGUACAAGAGUGGACAAGAAAUUGAGGCAGAAACAUCUUCUUUAAAAAUCUCCUUUGAGUUGACAGACAGCUAUUCCUGUGCUCUUAAAGGACGUGAGGAUUUCCCCUCUCCUUCAGUGUGUGUCUAUGGUCAGCACUGCCACAGAGUGCUGUACGCUGACAGAAGCAUCUGUGCCUUCAAAGGCUCAUCAGUGGACAUUUAUUGCAUGUUCAGCAGUUAUGAAUCUAUCACAUCUAAAUUCUGGUUCAGUCCUGAACGUAGUCAUCAGUGGCAGAGUGCUUCCCAGCCUGAGGACCUUAGUACAGACUCCCAGUAUACAGGUCGUGUUCAGGUCAUUGAAACAUGGAGAGGACGCUCCACUCUGAGAAUCUCUGACCUGAGAGAGAGAGACUCAGCUGAGUAUCACUUCAAAUUCAUAACACCAAACUUUGAAUGGAGGAGUAGUUUACCUGGUACAACUCUGACUGUCACAGAUCCAGAUAUGCAGGUGCAGGUGAGGAGAUCAUUGUAUACUUCCUGGGCAGAACUGAAGUGUCACAGCCGUUGUCAUCUACCUGAUCAUUCUUCCUAUAUCUGGUACAAGAACGGACAGAAAGUUCAGAAAAAAACAUCUUGUUUUUAUUCUGGCUAUAGCUUUGGUUCUGCAGACAGCUAUUCGUGUGCUGUAAAAGGACAUGAGGAUUUCCCCUCUCCUUCAGAGUGUGUCCAUGGUCAAUCCUGCAACAGAGUGACGUACACUGACAGCAGCAUCUGCGCCUCCAAAGGCUCUUCAGUGAACAUUUCUUGCAUGUACAACAGUUACCAAGAUCAAGUUAAAUCUACAUUCUGGUUCAGUCGUGAGUGUAAUCAUCAGUGGCAGAAUCCUUCCCAGCCUGAAGACCUUAGUGAAGACUCCCAGUAUACAGGUCAUGUUCAUGUAGAAACAGAGAGAGGACGCUCCACUCUGAGAAUCUCUGACCUGAGAGAGAGAGACUCAGCUGAGUAUCACUUCAAAUUCAUAACACCAAACUUUGAAUGGAGGAGUAGUUUACCUGGAACAACUCUGACUGUCACAGCUCUCCGGGUUAAGGUGAACAGAAACAUAGUCUACCCUUCUUAUACCUAUGCAGAGCUGACGUGUCACAGCAGCUGCAGUCCAGCUGAUGGGCUUUCCUACGUCUGGUUCAAGAAUGGAGCGAGAAUCAUGAAGGAGGAAAGUUCUUCAUAUAAAGACCGGUUUUAUCUCGGAGACAUCAUCUCCUGUGCUUUAAAAGGACAUGACAAUUACAGAUCUUUGGCAGUGUAUGCUUUGAAGGUUCCCUCUGUGUCAGUGAGUCCCUUUGGUGAAAUCAUGGAGGGCACUUCGGUGACUUUGACCUGCAGCAGUGAUGCUAAUCCAGCAGCUACUUAUACCUGGUACAAGGAGAACCAAAAACUUCUUAACAAAGAACCACAGCUUGUCUUCAGUUCCAUCCAGUCCUGUGACUCUGGAGAAUAUUACUGUGCAGCUGAAAACGAGCUGGGAAAGAGGACAUCUGAAUACAUCUUUAUUAAUGUGAAAUAUGCUCCAAAGCUUCCCUCUGUGUCAGUGAGUCCCUCUGCUGAGAUAGUGGAGGGCAGUUCAGUGACUCUGACCUGUAGCAGUGAUGCUAACCCAGCAGCUAACUACACCUGGUACAAGGAGAACCAAACACUGCUUCAAGGACCAGAAGACAUCUAUCAUUUCCCCUCCGUCAGUUCUGAGGACAGAGGGAGCUACCACUGCAAGUCUGAGAAUCAACACGGAGAGUUAGCCUCUAAGUCUGUAUUUAUAGAUGUUCAGUAUGGUCCAAAGCUUCCCUCUGUGUCAGUGAGUCCCUCUGCUGAGAUAGUGGAGGGCAGUUCAGUGACUCUGACCUGUAGCAGUGAUGCUAACCCAGCAGCUAACUACACCUGGUACAAGGAGAAUGAAGACUCACCAAAAGCAUCAGGACAGAUCUUCACCAUCACUGACUUCAGAGCUGAACACAGUGGGAAUUAUUACUGUGAAGCCCAGAACAGAAGAGGACGUCAGAACUCCACCUUACAUCUGAUUGUUGUAGAAGGAGCAUGGAAAUCAUCAGCCGUUGGAACAACCACUGCUGUUGUCCUGGCUGUCAUACUGCUCUCUGUUUUUAUGUUGGCUAGAAAGAAGAGUGCUUCCAAGCAAUCACCUGAGUCUAAAGAGAGACCAAAACCCAGGGAACAGUAUCUAACUACUCAGAGACAGCUGGACAAUAGGCAGGAGGACCUUCACUAUGCCAGUGUCCAGUUCUCCAAGAACCAGCCAGAUUCUCUCUACAUCAGACCAGCUCGGCUCCACAGAGAGGAGGAGGAAGAGAGCAUUGUGUACGCUGCCGUCACAUUUAAGAGAAGUCAGAAGUCAGACGGGGAGGAUUCAGCUGCAUUGUACAGCACAAUCAACAAAACACCUGCUGAACACAGAAGGAAUCUCCAGCCUGCUAUUUAUAUUGAGUAGUUUGUUUAUUUAAGCAGGUAACCACUGAUCGUAUAUAUUUCUUUGUGAAAAUACAGCAAUACAUUUCAAAUUUACAAACUUAAACAGACUCUCACAGCCAAAACAGGCUGGCUUUAAAACAAUACCAAAAUUACUUAAUGCCUUUUAUUGUGACAUAAUUUAUAUUCCAUGUUUUUGGGAGUCUAAUUAUUUAGAAGUACUUUCAUACUAUACUUUCAUACUUUCUUGUAUGAAACCUUGGUCAACCUUUUCAUUAGAAAUGAGUAUGUCUUUGUGAGGCACUUUGGUGCAAAACUUGUUUGCUGUUAAGUGCUCUAUAAAUGAAAUAAACUUGUUUGUUGAUAAUGAAGAUGGGGUCUUUUGCUACAGUUUGUUGUAUUAAUCCAUCCUUUUAUCAACAAUAUGUUGUACUUGAGCUCAUUUUACAGACGCAAUGCC